CUUUAUUUUGUGAAAAUCAAAACUGUCCCGAAAGGACUCCAAAGAGGAGGAGCUUUACAAGGGACGCCCCUCUCUCUCUCCCGUCUCUCUCUCUCUCCCACCACCAACCAACCAACCAUGCCGGUAUGGCCUCUCAAUUCUCACAUUUAUAGGCUCGUAUGAUCUGGGUCUUUUUCAUUGUCUCUCAAUUUCUGUUCCAUUUGUUAAAAUUUACUCCUAGUUCAUUUUUUUUGGUGUGUUACUGUAGAUCUCUGGAUAUUUGAUAUUGUUUAUCUAAUUUCGGUGAUUUUUGAUCUUUUUGCUAUCUGGGUUGUAUGAUUAAACCCUUUUUGAGCUUGAACUGGAAGUGAACUUUGAUUUUUUUGUGAAAAGAGAGUAUUGAGUGUAUUUGAUUUGAUAAUGUAUGUUAUGAUGGUGAGGAGACUUUUGACCCUACAAGAAGAAAAUGAGAGAUAAAGCGAAGAAAAAGAGGACAGAGAGAGAGAGAGAACAAAAGAGGACAGUCUCGUUGCUUGUUAUUGUCAAUGAAAGAGAGUUGCUUUGAAAGAGAUACUAUCAUCUUUGUCUGUUUUCACAUCUCAUGUGCAAUGUGCCUUCUAUGGUGACUCUGGGUGUAUGGUUUUGAGAGGCUUUUUCUUUUAAGGGUUUUGUAUUUCUGUGUAGUUUUUGGCAUUGUUGCAAAGAUGCCUAUGUUUCAGCCUUCUUUGAGAGGUGGGUCUAUUGGGUUUGAAGGCGGUGGCGAUGGCCAUGUUUUAGAUCUGGACACUGCCGUCAAAGAUGGAGUUUUGGGCGGCGGCGGCGGCGGCGGUGGUGGGGGUUUUGGUGGUGGGUUUGGGGAGAAACUUGAUCUGAAGAAGAUGAUUGAAGAGCUUGAUUUGUCUGAAGUUCCUUCUGUGUUCAUUUGCCCAAUUUCUCUUGAACCUAUGCAAGACCCAGUAACCCUUUGCACUGGGCAAACAUAUGAGAGGUCUAAUAUUCUCAAAUGGCUCAAUUUAGGGCACUAUACUUGCCCCACUACGAUGCAAGAGCUCUGGGAUGAUUCAGUUACACCGAACAAAACCCUUUACCAUUUAAUCCAUACUUGGUUUUAUCAGAUGUACUUGCAAAUGAAGAAGAAAUCGGAAGAUGUACAGGGAAGGGCGUCCGAGCUUCUCGGCUUAAUCAAGAAGGUGAAGGGUCAAGCCAGGGUUCAAGCCCUGAAGGAGCUCCGACAGGUUGUGGCAGCUCAUGCCACUGCUAGGACGACUGUGGUUGAUGAAGGCGGGGUUGCUCUGCUAUCAUCACUCAUAGGCCAGCUUACUACUUAUGCUGUUGGGUCCGAAGUUAUUGCGAUUCUUGUCAAUUUGAUGCUCAAUUCGGAAUCGAAAACAAAUUUGAUGCAGCCUGAGAAGAUCUCAUUAGUGGUGGACAUGUUGAAUGAGGGCUCAAUUGAGACCAAGAUCAACUGUACCCGGUUGAUUGAAACAUUGAUGGAGGAGAAGGAUUUUCGACCGGAAAUUGUCUCGAGCCAUAGGUUAUUGAUUGGUUUGAUGAGGCUGGUGAAGGAUAAGAGACACCCAGAUGGGAUUUUGCCCGGUCUUAGUCUCCUCCGAACAAUAUGUUUGCAUAAACAAGUCAGAAUCUUGAUUGUCAGUAUCGGUGCUGUCCCUCAAUUGGUUGAAUUGUUGCCCGGUUUGAGUCCGGAUUGCUUGGAAUUAGCUCUGUUCAUUUUGGAUACCUUAUCCUCUUUACCUGAGGGUAGUUUGGCUUUGAGGAAUUGCUCCAACACCAUUGCAAACACAGUGAAACUAAUAAUGAAGGUUUCAGAAAGCUGUACACAACACGUGCUGUCAAUCUUGGGGUCGGUAUGCAAGCUUUCCCCGGAGGAAUGCUCAUCAAUUGCGUUGGAUGCGGGUCUUGCAGCGAAGCUACUUCUUGUCAUCCAGAGCGGUUGCAAUCCAGUAUUAAAACAGCAGUCUGCAGAGCUCUUGAAGCUAUGUAGUCUAAAUUAUACAGAUACCACCUUCAUUUCCAAGUGCAAGCUUUCAAGAACGAUCCAAUGAAAGAGGAAAUUUUAUUUGGCAGGCUCCCAUAAUUGAGGUGUUAAUCUCUUGGACCAUUUUAACAAAGAGCAAUAAUCACAAGAAUGCGGGUUUUGAGGUACGACUGCAGUCUUCUGUACAUACUCAAGAACUUUAAUCCAGUUGAUUCAGCAUACAGGAAGAAUCAUAAUGACAGGAUUAUAUCUGCUGCCCCUUAGCUGGUACCAUUGCCAAAGAAUUUCAAUAAUCUCCAGCAAGAAGAGAGGGCUCUAAAGACCCCUUGGUUCGCAAUUGAUUUGUAUUUGGUUAAGCCAAUGGCAUCAUAAUGCUUGAGGGAGAGAUUAUAUUCUGUUGUGAACAUGAUGGGGCUUUGCAACUGCAAUUGUAACUGUUGAUGGGUUGCUUUGCCCCAUCCUAUGUAUUUCUCUAGAGUCCUCCAUAGUGUAGUAUAGCUUUCGAUUUUCCUCUUAGCUUUGUGGCAGUUUUGCUCUCGUGUUACAAAGUGUAGAGAUUAGGGGCCAUUUGGCCUCGGCAUUAACCAUUUAAUAUGUAUAAUGAAAUGUCCCAUUUCUUCUU